UAUGUCAGACAUAUUGAAUGCAGUUCUCGUCAUGCUAACAGCAGUGAUAACGGUAACGGGUGAUGUAAGGGAAAUUCCAUCCAUAUGGUGUAAAUUAGUUUGCUCUUUUAACUACUGUCUCAUCAUAGCUUCAAUGAUGACUAUGUUCUUUAUCGGAGUGGAUAGGUAUUUCAGCAUCGUUUAUCUAUUUCAACAUAGGGAUCUCAUUACAAAAUACGUUAUUUACGGAUUUAUAUCUUGGUCUUGGAUCCAAGGUAUUGCAUUUGGGGUUGUACCACCGAUAAUUAAAGGAUGGGUUCAUUACGAUUACUGGGAGGCUAUUUGCGCAAUAGACUGGAAUAUGGAAGGUACAGUUAUCUACGUCAUAGCUGCUUUUACCAUGUGCUUCGCGAUACCAUUUGUCGGACUAGUAUUUAUUUAUUCGUCGAUUAUUAAAGCCGCCUUUACAAAAAAUUCAAAAAGAUUAGAAGAAAAUCGGGCUCAUAAAGACAUAAAAUUAAUUCUAUCUCUGUUCACCAUCGUUGUUCUUUUCUUCAUAUUUAUGGCACCUUUUUGCGUUACAAAGCUUUUAAAAGUUAUCAAGUAUCGUCUAGAUAAUAGAGUUUCCACGGCUGCCUCGAUUUUGCAGUACAUGGCUUCCGCUUGUAACCCUUUUGUUUAUGCUAUCUAUCGACCGGACAUGAGGAAAGGAUUGAAAAAACUAUUUUUCAUGAAUCAAAUGUCUCUUCUAAACAGUCGCAGAGUUUCACAAGCAACUAUAAGAGCCCGAUAUUACAGCCCAAACGCUAAGGAAGGUUGGAAUAGCAGUAGAGGAGAGUUAAACGGAUCAGCAACUUUUCUGGCGGUUUGA